CGCUCCCGCCGGUACGGCCUGCGGGCACGGCGACGCGUCGCGGCGUGAUGACGUACAGGCAACCGGCGCACGGUGAUUACGUCACGUUGCCGUGGAGCCCAGGACGCCAAAGGGGCGGAGAUGGCGGAGAAGGGCAAAUCCCGCGGCGCCGGGGCCCGAUCGAAGCAGGACAAGCCCCGGGCGCGGCCGUCCCGGCGGGGCUCCCCGCGGGGCUCGGGGCGCGCCUCGCCGCAGCCCAGCCCGUCCCCGGAGCCUCCGGAGCCGCUGGACGUGGAGCAGCUCCUGGAUGAGCUCCUGCAGCGCGUCCUGGCCGAGGUGGCGCUGGCGUCCGUGGCUCGGCAGCGGGUGCCGUUCGCGGUGGCGCGGGCGCGGGAUGCCAUCCUGUUCGUGGCCGAGUGGCGCUUCCUGGUGCGCGAUGACAAAGUCCCCGAGCCCCAGGGGGACCCGGAGCCCGAGCGGGACGGGGUCUGGAAGGAGGACGAGGAGCCCCCGGCCGGGAUCUGGGACUCGUGGACACCGGGCGUUGUCGCCGUCGCCGAGGCCUCUCCGCCCUUGGAAGAGCUCUCGUCCGAGGAGCUCUCCGAGGAAGACGAGGCUCAAAGUCCGCCCGUGGGUCCCGGUGAGGCUCCCGGCGCUGCUCCCGCCGUGGAUUCCCCUCGGCCCCGCGGUCCGGUCCCGUCCGGGGCUCUCCCGGUGACAGCCAAAGGUCCCGUCGGUCGCGACACCGUCGUGGGUGUCCCUCUGUCCCCGGGCCAGUCCCGCUCCGCCGCCGCUCCGGUUCAGCCUCCCGGUCCGCGCCCGCCGCCGCGCCCGAAGCCGCCCAGCGCUCCGCAGCCCCGCGAGCGCGGCCGCCGCCGCUCCCGGUCCCCCGGGAGGCGCCGCCAACCCUGCCGGCCCCCGCAGCCCCGGGCGGCCCCGCCGGUCGCUCCCCCACGCCCGGUUCCCCGGCCGGUCGCGCCUCCUCCCCCGGUUCCUCCGCCGGCUGCACCCCCGGAACCCGCAGCACCGGCAGCACCGGAGCCCCGCGAGCAAGAGGCAGCACCGCCACCAUCAUCAUCCUCCCGCUCCAGCGCGGCGUCCGUCCCCCAGCGGCGUCCCUCCCGCAGCCCCGGCGUGCCCCGGCUCGGUGCCCGGCGCGGCGCCUCCCGCUGGGUGCUGCCCGAGGUCAAGGUGCUGGACGUGAGCACCGAGGCCGAGCGGCCGCGCUUGGGAGCGUCCCGGAGCCGGUUACCGGUGCCGGGAUCCCUUGUGCAGGUGAUCCCGGGCACGGCCCGCGCCGCCAGGGCCGAGCCGCAGCUUUGCGACCCCUGGCUGGCCUCGGUGCGCCUGGCCCCCGGUGUCACCGUGCGCUGGGGACACUGCGAGCGCCGCGGGCCGGCCCUGGCGGGGCACGCCGGGGACGAGCACGGCGACGAGGCGCUGAGGAGGGCGGAGAAGGACCUGAAGCCCAUCCUGCCCUACCCGGAGUGCCGGCUCUCGGAGUACGGAGAGGCGGAGGAGUGGCAGGACAGGCCGCUGGAAACGGAGCGGCUCCCGGGGCCGCGCCUCCCGGCGCCCGGCCCCGCUCUGGGGGGGUCCGUGUCCCCUCGAGUGUCGCCGGUGCAGUGGCUGGAACAGACCUCGGGGGACCCUCCCGGAGAUCGGGGAUCUUUUUCUCAGAAGUAAAUAAAAAAACACUAAAAUGA